GGCCCUAAACCCUUCCCACAUCAACUUCCGGGGCUCGCUUUCCUGCCCGCUGCACAGUAGGGUUCCCAGUUCCCACGGCCCGCCUCCGCCGCCAUGGCGCGCGCCGCUGCCUCAAGGCUCGCCGCCGCGGCGACCUCUUCCCCGACGCGCGAGCUGUUCGCUCGCCACCUCGCCGCCGCCGCGGCCACGGCGUGGACUGGUCCGUCGCGGCUGCCCGAACCAGGGAGGGAGCGGCGGAGCGCGAGCUGGUGGUGCCCGAGCAGGUCUUUCCAUGCCACGAGGAGGAUGAAUACAAGGGAUUACUAUGAUGUACUUGGAGUGAGCAAGGAUGCUUCUGCACCAGAUAUAAAGAAGGCAUAUUAUGCGCUUGCAAAGAAGUUCCAUCCUGAUACUAAUAAAGAUGAUGCCAAUGCAGAAAAAAAAUUUCAGGAAGUUAACCGUGCCUAUGAGGUCUUGAAGGAUGAUGAUAAGCGUGAAAUAUAUGAUCAGCUUGGAUCUGAAGCAUAUGAGCGUCAUGCAGCAGGUGGUGACCCUGCAGGGCAGGGUUUUCCUCAGGGUAAUCCAUUUGGUGACAUCUUUGGAGACAUCUUUGAUAAUGCGUGCAGAGGAGGCCAAGAUGUCAAGGUUUCUGUUGAACUAUCAUUCAUGGAAGCUGUCCAAGGCUGCAGAAAGACCAUUACAUAUGAAGCCGAUACUUUCUGUGGAACUUGCAAUGGAAGUGGUGUCCCCCCUGGAACUGUGCCUAAAACAUGUAAAACAUGUAAAGGUUCUGGUGUGAUAUACAUGAAGAAGGGUAUAUUUUCUCUUGAAUGUACCUGUUCCCUGUGCAAUGGAAGUGGAAAAAUUGUGAAGAAUUUUUGCAAGACUUGCAAAGGAGAACAGGUAGUGAAGGGGAAAAUGUCAGUCAAGCUAGACAUAAUGGCAGGAAUUGAUGAUAAUGACAUCAUGAAGGUUUUUGGGAAGGGUGGUGCAGAUGUUGAGCGCAAUAAGCCUGGUGACCUUUAUGUUACUAUCAAGGUCAGAGAAGACCCUAUCUUUCGGCGAGAAAGCAAUCAUGUGCAUGUUGAUUCUGUUUUAAGCAUUGCCCAGGCUGUCUUAGGUGGAACGGUCUCGGUACCAACCCUCACUGGAAAUGUUACAGUCAAGGUUCGCCAAGGUACCCAACCAGGAGAGAAGGUCGUCCUUCGGGGCAAAGGAAUAAAAGCGAAAAACUCAUCGGUGUUUGGGAAUCAGUAUGUUCACUUCAACAUCAGGAUUCCAACGGAGGUGACACAACGGCAACGGGAGUUGAUAGAGGAGUUCGAUAAAGAGGAGUGCACAGACCGGGAAAGAGUUGCGGCUGCUUCCGGUUGAAAUUUUUGGCGCUGGCAUUCAUUGGUCGUACACACCCAUUAGUUGAUGGCCCCAGCGCCCUUUGUAAGGUGCUUAGGCACCAAAACUUACUGUAAUAUUUUGACCCUCAUAUAGCAGCUAUCUGAUGUAUAAUGUAUAUACAUUACGCGCUGUUGUUACGCUAAGUUAUUGUAACAUUUUCAAUUGUUUAUGUUGCAGCUAUUAAUUAUAUGAGAAACUA